UAUAAUAUACAUAUAGUGAAAAUAGCAAACUUGUAUUCCUUUAACGCUUGUGCGUAGCACUGUAGUCUCGCAUUACGCUCUGUGUAAGCGUGCGUUAAAGUGUGCAAAUUAGAGUUUUCCUGCAAAACGGAAAUUCUUAAUUCCUACAGUUACAGUACAAAGCGAAUUGCAAAGCUUUGAGAUGCAUUCCACGGCAUGCAGUGCCUCAGCUUUAAACUCAAACAAUUCGACAAACACAUCUUCGCCCAAUACAACUGAUGGACUAAAAAUGGUGCACUCCAAUGAAGAUGCGCUCAACAAAAUUCCACUGAAAUCUGCCAGCGGCUUGGAUGAUGAGGAGAAGAAUGGUGGUGAAUUCACUAGUGAUACGGCAGCGGCGGAGGAGGCUAGACGCGAGCAAAUGCGCGCGAACAUUCUCAAAUGGAUGAAAAAGCUGACGAUUGUACUCAUCUGCUUCAUCGGUGUCGCGCUCAUUACCUAUGUUAUCAUCAGCCUCUGCUUUAGCGAUUGGUCAAAAACGUCAAAUGCACAAAGCAACAAUACAACCAUCAACAAUGAUACAUCCUUCACUCUUCCAUCCACCUAUAAUUCUUCUCUCUCGCCAGAUGAUGACAGUAGCAGCAGUAGUAGUGAUAGUGGUAGUGGUAGUAGUAAAAAUGGCGCGCUGGCGUCAAACUCAACAAGUGAAGGUGAUGGCAGCAUAUUGUCGACUAUUGCCACCACAACGGCGGCCAGCAUCGCCACAGCUGGUUUCGGUGACUCAGCGACAAAGCCCACCAACACAUUCACCGCCACCACCACUGGCGCGGCACCAACGGCGCCGUUAACCACGACCACCAACGCAGUGCCCGCCACACUACAAACAACCGCUGCGUCCGCUACAACAACAGCAAAGAGUAGCACAGUGCCACCGACAAGGAAGGCGUUGGUCCUACAGGAUACGCCGCCACUGAUAAACGAGAAAUUCGAGUCGAAAUUGGGCAUUUAUGAGCAGGCGGCUGUUUGCUCGGACCGCGAAGUUUGCAGCGAAAUUGGCAGCCACAUGUUGGAUCAAAAGGGUAGCGCUGUGGAUGCCGCUAUCGCUACAUUACUAUGUAACGGCAUACUCACUAUGCAGAGCAUGGGUAUCGGCGGCGGUAUGCUUAUGAAUAUAUUUCUCAAGGACACUCAGCAUGCUUACUCGAUCGAUGCACGAGAAGUAGCGCCGUUUGCUGCAUUCCAAGAGAUGUUCGAUAGCAAACUGGAAUUAUCGUUGAAUGGCGGCCUUUCGAUUGCCGUGCCCGGUGAAUUGAUGGGCUAUCAUCGUGCACACGAACGCUUUGGCAAGCUACCAUGGAAAACUCUUGUCGAACCUUCGAUUAAAUUGUGUCACGAAGGUUACUACUUGACACAUCACCAAUGGGAUGCUCUAAACUAUCGUUGGCAUCACAUGAAGAACAACACAGUAUUGACCGAUGUUUUCGUUAAUGCCACCACCGGUCAGCUAUAUCCGGUCGGCACCAAAAUAAAACCACAAAAAGUGCUUUGUAAAACCUAUGAGCUUUUAGCGGAAAAUGGACCACUAGAUUUCUAUAAUGGCACCUUAGCGCGUUUGGUAGAGGAGGAUCUCAAAGAUCUCGGCAGCACAGUGACAGCGUACGAUUUGGAAUCUUACUCCGCCGACAUGGUUAGUUCGAUCACAAUGCAGUUGGGCGAUGAUAUACUCUAUGCCGUGCCGCCAGUUAGUAGCGGUACUGUGGUAGCCAAUAUUCUCAGCAUUUUAGAGGGUUUCAAUUUCACCAAAGCUGAUUUGGUGGACGAGGAAAACGAAGCGAAGACGCUGCAUCGCUUCGCAGAGGCUCUUAAGUAUGGUUUUGCAAAACGAUGGGAGUUGGGAGACUUGCGCUUCAAUGAUGUCCGUGAGCUGGUCAGCCGACUCACAAAUCCUGAGUAUGGCAUGAGUAUACGUGAGAAGAUUAACGAUAACAAAGUGCACAAGGAUAUCUUUGAUUAUGGCGCACAAUUUAUGGGUGAAGACGACGCAGGCACCUCGCAUACAGUCGUGCUGGCUCCCAAUGGCGACGCAGUCUCGGUGACAAGUUCCGUUAACAAUUAUUUCGGCGCCAGUCAGGCAGGUCGACGUACCGGCAUCGUAUUUAACAGUGGCAUGAAUGAUUUCUCUGUGCAAGGCACAUCUAAUUACUUUGGAUUACCGUCAUCACCAAGUAAUUUUAUUGAAGCCCGCAAGCGACCCAUGUCUUCGAUGUCACCAAUGAUUUUGGCCGAUCGUAAAGGAAACGUGCGUUUAGCGUUCGGCUCGGCUGGUGGCUCUAAGAUCAUAUCCGGUGUUAUUGAAGUAGCGGCGCGUUUCUUGUGGUUCGGACAGGACAUAAAAUCAGCUAUUGAUGCGCCGCGCAUACAUCAUCAGCUCGUGCCCAAUGUGUUCCAAUACGAAUUUGGCCGAUUUAGUGAAGAAAUCUUAAACCUGCUAAAGGAUAAGGGACAUAAGUUACAACCGUUCAAGGAUAUCGGUUCGGUGGUGUGCGCCAUAGCGCAAAAUGAAACCGCGAUAUAUGCGAACGCGGACUAUCGCAAACGAGGCGGCAUUGCUGGCUUUUGAAAGCGCAACCGUUAAUUCUCAACAUUUUUAUAGCAUAAGUGUGCGCUAAGUCCAAAAUAUAUAAAAGAUACGAGAUUAUUUAUUAUGUACAAACGAGUCAAUGAAACAAGUUUACAUAUAUACGAACUGCAAAAUUCGAACCAAUCGCAGCAGUCAUUUUUUAAUGCUGUAUAUUUUAGUAUUUGCUUAUACAUACAUACAUAUAUGUAUGCGCGUAAUUGCAGUAAGUAAUUCUCAGUCGAAACAUAAUAAAAACAAAAAACAACACAAGCACUCAAAUACUCCAAACCGAGCUUUGAUCUUUUUGGACACUUUGUAAAUUGUAGUAUUGGAUUUGUAUUUGUAAUUUGUAUUUUUUUAAGUAUUAUCCUUAGCAUUAUUUCAUAUCAUGUG